GUGGAUGCUGCUUUGGAGCUGCUUGGUUACAUUAUUUCGAUUGAUCAAAUAAAUUCUUAUCUUGUGCCUCAAGAUGUGUGGGACCUUCGGUUAUUUAAAAGGAUGCCAUCAAUGUCUGUUUUAUACUUCAUUGCAUGCUACUUUUCGAGGAAGGGCCCUCAAGGCGACCUUCGAGACAAUUUACAUCUCAGACGAACUCUUUUGCAAGCAAUAUUGAGAUCUUUUAGCUGGAAGGGAUCUGCUACAUUGAACGAGCAGAAUGCAUCAUUACUACCCGCGGGCUGUUUAUGUUCUUGCGUUGGUUUUCCCGGUUACACUUUGUUAUAGAGGACAUUUUCCCUGCACUCUAAUGUUGGAUCAGAAUAAGAAUCUAGAUGAUGGAUCAAGGCAGAGGAAAUUGAGCGUGAAGGGGGGCUUAAGCUUUUUGAAUGCUCAGUGGAAACUCUCACAAAAAUCAUAGGUUCUACUGCUGAGGCUUCUCCAUCCCAAGUUCAUCAACCUGUUCGUCUUCCAAACCAGUUAAGAGAGCCAUUGCUUCAUGAAAUGGAUAUUUGUAUACUUGGAUUACUCGAAGAUAAGGAGAUUGAAAGAUCACUAUCAGAGAUCUUCCUUACAUGUGCUUUGUUAUCUAAUCUUAUAUAUGGUUCAAUAAUGACCAGGAAAAGGGAAGGAGUUUCAUCGUUUAUCUCGAAACUGGGCCUGUAUCUACUGGAAUAUCUUGAUCUUGCUACUAAAGUAGUUCAGGGAAUUGAAAAUGACAUUCAAUCUCUAGGCUUUCUGGGCUCCAACUCUAGUUCUACUGAGAAGACUUCAAUUGGGGCUUCUUUUAAAUGCUUUGUCAGCUGUCCUAUUUUUGCCAAGGGGCGGGAUCAAAAUGUUCUGGAUCUUGCAAUUUACGAUGCAGUUAUUCAAUCCAUGGAGAUGCUACUGAAGGAGCUAGCAAAAUUGUUUGAAGAACAAUUUUUGUGUGUAAGAAAUCUCCAGUCUGAGGUAGUCUCCUUCGAAUCAACUUCACUUGAUUCUCCUGUACAAAUCUCUUGUCCCAUGGAUAGCCAUAGAAGUCGGAUUUUGGACAUGGAAUUAGAUAUCAAUGAGGAUAUUAACGAUGUGGAUGUUAUAGCCGGCGGGAAGGUUACUGUGAACACAUCCUUUUAUGCUUGCAAGUGGAAGCUGGAGAUGGUAGCCCUGAUUUCAAGUUUUUUCUCAGUGUUACAUGGGCUUACAUGGGACAUUCUGUUCAAUCUCAUGGAUAAAGAAAGUGAUAAAUUGGUCUAUGAGAAUAUGCUAUAUAAUCUCUGUCAACAUCCUCAUUGGCCCUCUUCAGCAAAGAUUACAAAUUUGGUGAACUUAAUAAAUAACUUGAUUGAAAGGCAUGCAAGUCUUAAGCUCGACUGUUAUAAUAUACUUGCUGCUAUCCAUUGUUUGCUUGGUACUUUGGUAUCUUUGACGUCAGACACUGCUCAAAAAGCAAUAGAUGAUGACUUUUCUUUGAGGGAAGGAGGUACCAAUCAGUGCCUGAUACGUAUGGGAGACAUGGUGAAUAAAGUUGCUGAAUCUGGUCUUCUCGAUUGGUUCGGCCGUGUUAAGUUGAUUGACUGCAUUUGCGAUUUUGUUUUACUUGAUCCUCAAAUUGGAGAGACGAUGAUUGAAAAGUUGCUUUUCAUUCUUCAAGAUCCUGAUUAUCGAGUAAGGUUCUUCUUGAGUAGACGAAUUGGUGUACUUUUCCAAACAUGGGAUGGCCAUGAGGAACUGUUCCAAGAUAUCUGCUCCAACUUUGGUGUUCGUUUGGUGGUUUCCUCAAAAGAAAAACUUGUUACUGCAAAGGAGGUCCUAGCUGCUGGUCCUCAGCCUCGUCAUGGGAUGGAAACAGUUAUUGUUACUCUUAUGCAUCUUGCUUUGCAUGGUGAGAGGAUAGAGUUGGAGGCUGUUUUUACCAUGUGUGUUAUUUCUGCUAUUGAUCCUUGUCAGAGGGAAUUGGUCAAUGCAGCAGUUGAUAACUUGUCAAAGGAACUCCAGUAUGAAACAAGGUCGAAGUACUUGGAGGAACUCAUUGCACCAAUUCUUUUUCACUGGGUUACUUGUGGUGUUAGCUUAGUUGCUCUUGUUGAGGCGCGCCAACUUUUUGUAUCAGAUGCUGAACCAAGUCAUUUCAUGCAAUAUUGUUGCCCGUGGCUUGUGCCAGCUUUACUACUGCAUGAAGACGAUGCAAACUUAGAUUGGGUGGCAAAGGUAGGACUACUAAUCUUCCUCAUACAGCCACAUUCUUUCUCUUGCUUCUGCGAAUCAGAGCGUGCCAUUCCUUUCUUUUCUUUGGAUACAAUUGCUCGUGCAGUUCAAACAAUUGUCGAUGGAUUUUUGGAAAUGGAUGACUGUCCUACAAGUAUUGGUGUUGUGGACAAGCUUAAUAUUUUCCGUGCAGAUAGAGUUUUUAUGUUCAUAGUGGAAAUGCAUUAUAAAAUUUCAGCUGCAAAUCAUCACAGACAUAAAUGUCGUCAUUUGGCUGCAAUAGAGGUCCUUAUAACUGUUCUUGGUCAUAGAACUGCUGUUGUGAGCACUUCCAAUUAUCUUUUCAAUUUGAUUGGGCAAUUUGUUGGUUCUCGUCGUUUACGAGAACAAUGUUGUCGUAUAAUUUCCACAUUGCUGAAAACUUUGCAAAGCAAUUCAUCGAAAGAAGUUAUCACUGUGCUAGGUGAACAGUUGCAGUUUUUGGUAUCAAAGUUGGUGGCAUGUUGCAUUCCUCCUGAAGCUAAUUGGGAAACUUCAGGCUCUGGAUCCUCUCAAGUUUUAUCAUUGCUCCAACAGCUGACUCUGGGUUCUGAUCCAUCUCUUUAUGAUUACGUCAGAGAACUAGAACCGUUUCCUGAAAUAGGUGUUUUUGAUAGAAUUCGUAAUUUCCAUCAUGAACUAUGCAGAGCAUACUCUCCAAGAGACCACCUAUUGAAGUUUGUGAAGAGAUCUUGCUACCUUCCACCAAGACUAUUUCUAUGGAGCCUCCAAGCGCUGCACAAGAAGUUGCUCACAGAAAAAACUUUCCAGAGGGAAAAUAGCAUAGAAGAUGUUCAAGGAGAUGCAAAUUGGCAUUCUGACAAUGAAAUUGUAAACGCAGUUUGGACCCUUGUCUGCAUGUGUGCGUCAAAUGAUGCAAAAAGUGUUAGAGCGUUGGUGUCCGAUUUCAUAUCUAGGGUUGGCAUUGGUGAUCCACACAGUGUAGUGUUCCAUCUUUCUGGAGAGGCCGGUCACAUCUAUGUCUGUCGAUCCAUUAAUUGCAGCAUCGGUGCUGAAAUGAAAGUUUCUAUGAAUACUAGCAUAGCUGAUGAACUUUUGACUGCUCUUUUGAAACUUUUGAAGAAAUAUCUUAUGGAUGACUCUGUUAAAGUAAUUGAUGUAACAUCGCAAACACUUCGAGGGAUCCUUUCAACUGAAAGGGGUCAAAGAGCUUUAUCUUCAUUUGAUUCAUAUGAGAGGUCUCUUAUUGAGGUUCAUUCUAAGGGCCUUAACAUUGAGGUUGUGGAGAAAUUCUUGUUUGAUCUGCACAAGAAGUUUAAAGCUGAAGAUGUUUCACUGGAGAAGUCCGCUAUAUGGGUAACACAUGAUAAAGCUUUUGAAACCUGGAUUUGCCAACUUGGAUACUUGCUUAUAAGCUACUGUGAUGAUGUGAUUAUAAGAUUAUCUCAAGAUAUUGUAAUGCUAAAAGCUGAAGUUGCUGAGCUUUUGUUCUCAAGUAUUAUUGUCAAUCUAGCAGGAAGGAAGGAUAUGAAUAUCGAUCUUCAGCAAGUACUUUCUUCACAGGUGCAAGAGCAUAUAUUUACAGAGUCUAAUACAAUGGUAAAAUCUAUCCAAGUUUUUUUGGAUGCCCUUAAUGAACUUCGAUCAUGGCAUGUCAUGGAAAGAUCGUCCGGGGCAUUGAAGAGAGAGGGUUCUAAGUAUGCUAAGCCUUCUAGCUACAGCUCAAGGUCCCGCUCCAGUAGUGCGAAGGUUAGGAAUUCAGCAGAUACAUCAAGUGCGAUAUCUAUUUCCAUGUCAACAAUUUCAUGGGACAAGGUUUAUUGGCUUUCCAUUGAUUAUCUAGUUGUGGCUAAAUCAGCCGUUGUUUCUGGCUCACACUUUACCUCUGUUAUGUAUGUGGAGCAUUGGUGUGAAGAACAUUUUAAUAGACUCACACUAGGAAGCCCCGAUUUUUCUCACCUUGAGAUGCAGUUGCCAAAUCAUGUCGAGAUACUCAUUUCAGCAAUCACUAAAAUCAAUGAACCUGACAGUUUAUAUGGGAUCAUUCAAUCAAAUAAGUUGAGCUAUCAAAUAAUUACCCUUGAGCAUGAGGGAAAUUGGAGCAAGGCUCUUGAAUAUUAUGACUUACAAGUACGGUCAGAGACAAUGGUGCAAUCCAAUGAUGGUUCAGGAACUUUAUUGCCGGAACAAUCUCAAACUUCUCAGUUAUCUGUUUCAACAUCAGAAGAUGAAACAAGGCUGGGGAAACCUUUCAAAGGGCUAAUUAAAUCUUUACAGAAGAUUGGUUGUAUGCACGUGCUGGAUUUGUAUUGCCAAGGGCUAACUUCGAAGAAGGGCCAGUUUCAGCAUGAUCUACCGUUCAUAGAAUUGCAGUACGAGGCUGCUUGGCGUGUAGGAAACUGGGAUUUCUCCUUACUUUAUAUGGAUAAUUCUCCAUCUGCUCAACAAAUUGAAUAUAAUCAUUUCAAUGAAAAUUUACACAGUUGUUUGAGGGCAUUGAAAGAGGGAGACUCCAACGAAUUUCAUUCAAAGCUGAAGCGUACAAAGGAGGAGCUUGUGUGGUCUGUAUCUCAUGUAAGUGAGGAGAGCACCGAAUUUAUCUAUUCAACAAUCAUUAAACUUCAGAUUCUUUACCAUCUCGGAGUAGCUUGGAAUAUACGAUGGAUGAGAUCGGCAUGUGAAAGAAUAAAAUAUUGUCCAGAUUCACAAAAGUUAUACGUGGAUCCUGUAAUUCCUUCCAUGGAUCAGCUGUCAUGGCUGAAUAUGGAUUGGAACUCCAUUUUGAAACAAACUCAACUCCAUAUGAAUUUAUUGGAACCGUUUAUAGCAUUCAGGCGAGUCUUACUCCAAAUCUUGAAUUGUGAAGAGUCUACCAUGCAACAUCUUUUGCAAUCUGCAUCAACUCUUCGGAAGGGCUCUAGGUUUUCCCAAGCAGCUGCAGCUUUGCAUGAGUUUAACUUGCUCUGUGUAGGACAUGGUGGAAGAUAUUCAGCUUCAUAUUGUCUUGGAAGGGUAUAACUUUUUUUUUGCUUAAUCCACAUUAUUUUUUGAAAUCAAAAUGUUUCAUUAACAAGAGCAU